AUGGAUUACAAUGAAGAUAGCCAUAGACAAAUCGCUAGGUGUCGUUGCCCAACCCAUGACCUUCAUAGAAAAACACGAAACCAGUUCUACACAGGGAGCUUUAAGUUUAUCGGUGGUUUUGUGGUUCUCAAGAUCCGCACAUAUAAAUGGGGAAAUAAGAAGGAAAUCGUGUUGUUGGGUUUAGGUGGUGACGGGAGAGAGAUAGAGUGGAGAAGGAAAUGGGCGAAGAUGGAGGUUUGGGAUGGCAACCGUCUUGAAGGCAUAGGAGAUGAAGAUGCGGACACUGUAAAAGUCUCCAUCGGAAAAGCUUUCUUCGAUAAAGUCGACACCGGUGAAGCCAAGGUUCAAGUAGAAGAUUUGAUGGUGGCGAUGUGGGUUUAA